UAUACAAUUUACAAUUGUGCGCCUUCUAGAGUUAUUGAUUAGUUUCUUUCUUCAAGUAGAAGUAAUAAUUUAUUACUCCCUCUGUCCCAUUUAAUUGUAUACGUUUCUUUUCAACUGCUCGACACGCAUUUCAAUGCUCUUAUAAAACAUAGUUCCGUAAUUUAUUUUUGAGAUUUUCUUUUUCAGAAUAAAAAUAUAACAUCCAAACUUUAAUUCAGAAAAAGAAAAUUUCAAAAAUAAAUUACACAACUACACUCUACAGGAGCAUUAAAGUACGUGCCGCGUCCCCGUCUCCCAAUGUAUACAACUAGGGGGACGGAGGGAGUAUGAAAUAUAACGUUUUCGACAACUGAAAAAUGUAAACGUGGCAGUCAUAUGCAGUACUGCGACCAUGUUAGGGCACGUGGCAAGAACAAACAUCAACGUGGAUAUAGUUGAUGACAAAUGCUCUUGAAAGAUAUGCAUCCAGUAGUAGUAUUAUUUUUUAGUUUUAUACAUCAUGAACGGUGAUUAAAAGAAAUUAUAUUUCUCCAUCAUGAACAGUGAUAAAAAAUCAUAGAAAAAACCUAAAUACAGAACAGUUCGGAAGUAUAAGAAAAUUUAUAUCCAGGGCCUACAGUGUACAAUAAUGAAGCAGUUAACGUUUUGAGAUGACUGCAAAUUUCGGUUUUAUAGCCUUGUAUCUUUGGUUGCAAAUAGAAUCAGGUGUUUGCAGAGUAAGAGAGGAACUCCGUUAUUUGGAAAUCCCAAGUCUUAUGUUCCGUUUGGUUGGAGAGAAUGGAAUGAAAUGAGUUAACAUGAGAAUAGAAUGGAAUGAAAUCCUAAGUCUUAUGUUAUUUGGAAAUCCUAAGUUUUAUGUUCCAUUCUCUCCAACCAAACACAACAAAUGACUAAAAUUAUUUGAAACUAUAGAUAUAGGAAGGAAGUUUUGAAAUACAAAUUGAGUACAAAAUUGCUAUGAUGGGAUUUGAGAAGAGAUUAGAGAUAGGAGAUGAUAACUCCAAAUCUCGUCCAAGGUUUCGGUGCACUGUUCCGGGAAGCUUCAGGCAAGACCUAACCUGCAAAACAACGCGACACGGGGGGUGACAUCCCGCGAGGCGCCUCCGGCGUGAUAAUCAGUGAUCGGAAUGUGCUUGACAAGUUAGGGAAAUCAGAGAGUUUUCACUCUAAAUAUAUGGUGAGAGAUGCUUUCUAGGGAGAGUUCUUCAACUUUGGUUGGGGAGUCUCUUAUAUAGGCCCUCGGCCGCCACUGUUGCUACAGUGGCGGGAGUGGGUCUGUAGACACUCCCCAGCAUGGAUGACUGCUUUGGUGCAACUACUGUCUUUUUUCUGUCCUUUUGGGAUUUGUGCAUGCCUGUUACCCUGUUUGCCUUGUACUUACACUACUAGAAUUAGUGGAUAUGACAUCGCACUUCAGACAUCAUGCCAAAAAUCACCGAUGUUAAACAUCUUUUUAACAUCGAUAGUUAAUAAGAUGAUGUCUUUUAGUUUUUUCGACAUCGGUUCAGUAAUUAAACGAUGUGAAAGCUUCAUUUUUAAAAUUUCAUCCCGCGAUCUAUCUCUUUAUUUCCCGCUUGCUUAAAAAAACAUACUCCCCCCUUAGCAUAUUUCCCCUCCCGCCUUAGAACAUUAAAACAAUAUUCAGACAAAAUAAAUCAAAAGUAACUAAAGACAUAAUUUAAAACAAAAUCUAAAACAUAACACAGCUGAGCUAGUGUCGAGAUUUUCUUCAAACGGUAAGCCCCUUUCUUCCUCGCUAUAAACCCUAGAACCCAAUUCGUUCAAACCACGGCAUUCAAUCCAUUUUUUUGUUUGUUUCUUUGUUCCGAACCUCGAUUAAACCUAUUUUGUUUCCUUUUGUUUGUUUUUUCAGCAGAGCUCGAGCUUGGGAUUUUAGGGUUUGAAGUGGGUGUCGAGGAUUAAAGUGGGGUUCGACGGAAUUGGCUUGCGAGGUUCGAGUUUGGGUUUUUUCAGCUAUUUCGAGUUUCAUUGUCUACUCAGGUAGGUAGCUUUUGGUAUUCAUAUACAUGGAUAAGACGUGGAUUUCCAAAGAAAGGGAUUCUUUAGAUUACGAAAUUGGGGUAGAAGAGUUCUUAAUAUAUGCUCAAGAGAAUUCAAAAGAUCCCAAGAGAAUACCCUGCCCAUGUGCACGAUGUGCUAACUUCAAACAGUUUUCUGUAAAUAUUAUAAGGGGACAUAUCUACGAAAAUGGUUUUAGUUUAGGGUAUGUCAAUUGGAUUUGGCACGGGGAAAACGAUAUUGGGACGACUAGGUCAUCCGUUGGUAGUACACCUCUGCCUACUUUAGUUCCGAAUUUUGACACAAACAUUGAUGUUGAUAUAUCGGAAACGGUUAAUGUCUGUGAAGCAGCAUAUAAGUCAUAUGAUUACGACAAUGAAUCUUUUGAGUUUAGGAGGUUUGUGGCCGAUGCCCAACAACCAUUGUUUGAGGGCAGUGACUACACCAAACUAGAGUCCAUGCUAAAAUUACAUAACUGGAAAGCUAGAUUUGGAAUUAGCGACACUGCAUUUUCUGAUUUGCUAUCUUCCAUUGGGUCUUUUCUUCCUAAAGAUAACGUGAUGCCUGCUAAUUCAUAUGAAGCAAAAAAAAUUCUGUCCAACUUAGGCCUCGAAUACAUCAAAUUUCAUUCUUGUCCGAAUGAUUGCAUACUAUAUAGGGGUAUAUAUGCUGAUGAAUCUGAGUGUCCUAAGUGUCAUCUAUCUCGGUGGAAGGUGGGAAAAGAUGGUAAAGUUAGGGUAAACAUUCCCGCCAAAGUUAUGUGGUAUUUUCCAAUUAUUCCUAGAUUUAGACGGAUGUUUAAGUCUGCUACUACCGCUGAACUGAUGACUUGGCAUGCAAAUCAGCGACAACAAGAUGGUAAGAUGAGGCAUCCUGCCGACUCUCCUUCUUGGAGGAAUAUAGAUUAUAGGUGGCCUGGUUUUGGUAAUGAACCAAGAAAUUUGCGUUUAGCUCUGGCAGCGGAUGGUAUAAACCCCCACAAUAAUGGUCUAGUCAAUAGGUAUACUUGUUGGCCAGUAGUAUUGGUAAUUUAUAAUCUUCCUCCAUGGUUAUGCAUGAAACGGAAGUUUAUGAUGUUAACAAUAUUAGUCUCUGGUCCACAUGAACCUGGUAAUAACCUUGAUAUUUAUUUACAACCGAUGAUUGAUGAUUUAAAGAAGCUUUGGGAAGAUGGGGAACCAAAUGUAUAUGACGCAUUCAGUAAAUCUUAUUUCACAUUGAAAGCAAUUUUAAUGUGGACGGUAAAUGACUUCCCUGCUUAUGGAAACUUAUCUGGAUGCGUUAACAAGGGUUAUUUCUGCUGUCCAAUUUGUGGUGAUGAUACGGUUGCUAAAUAUUUGGGUCAUAGUAGGAAAAUGAGCUACCAAGGCCAUCGACGAUAUUUGGGUAAGUUUCAUCCUUAUCGGAGACAAAAGGCAGCUUUUAAUGGUCAACAAGAUUUUUCAGAUGCACGUCCACCCCUUUCUGGACAAGAAGUGUUAGCACAGCAGGAGGCAAUUGAGUUCUCAUUCGGGAAGGAAGUGAAAAAAUCCAAAAAAGUUCAAAGUCCAUGGAAGAAGAAGUCAAUCUUCUUUGAAUUAGAAUAUUGGAAGUUUCACCAUGUUCGUCAUUGUCUCGAUGUUAUGCACAUCGAGAAGAACGUGUGCGAUAAUAUAAUUGGGACAUUACUAAACAUGCGGUUUAAGUCGAAAGAUAGUGUGGCAUCUCGUCUUGAUAUGGUUGACAUGGGUGUUAGGCAUGAUUUAGAUCCUGGAGUCACGCAUACCCUGAAACCGGAUUUUGAAUCUUAUGUUGUUAAUCGGUUGAUAGAGGGCGGCUACAAUCGCAUAUAUUUAAUGCCGCAUAAUCAGCAUGUCCAUUGGAUUUUGAUUAUGAUAUGGGAUGGUGACAUUUAUAUUAUGAAUCCUUUGCCACAUCCGAGAAAUUUUUCUGAAGUGGAAAAUAGAUUAUCAAGCGCGCUAGAAUCUUACAAUGCUCAAACUGGAAGGCAAAAGAGAACUCCUAGAGUAGUAAAUCUUCUCGGAUGCCCUAAACAGCCCGGGGGCAUUGAAUGUGGUUAUGUUGUCAUGCGGUAUAUGAGGGAUAUAAUUUCCGAUACGGAAAUGGCUUUUCAGAGCAAGUGGGCAGCGAAGACUCGAAGGUCGUAUACCAUGGAUGUACUUGAAGAGGUGCGCUUGGAGACCCUUGAAUUCAUCGAAAACUUCAUGUAAUUGGUUCCGAAUUAUUAUGUAAUGACUUGAAAGCUGCAAAACUUUGAUUUUUGGUACAUAGCAAGAUGUUUGGUAGUAGCAGCAGUAUUUGUUAUGGUAUCGUGCGUCGUACAAUGUUUGGUACUUAUUUUGGUCUAGAUGGUCUCCGUUAAUUAAGAUUGAAGGUCAGCUUCUAGCUAGUUAUAGCUUUUGUGGAUUUGACUUGGUAAUUGGUAUAUACCUUAUUUUGGUAGC